AUGCUCCGGGUGCACAUGGCACGCCUGUUCGACGACAGACGGAACAAGACCAAUCUACAAUACUCGACCGCCCAGCACAACUACCAUCUCAAUCCCUCCAAGCACUACGCCGGCGCCGGCGCCAGUUACCGUGACGCCGCCGUCGAAUCCCACCCCGGUAGGCGCUAUUGUUGGAGGCGUGGUCGGAGGAGUCGAUGCUGGAAGAAGAAAAUGCUGACUGCUGUCGGCCGUUCAGCCGCUUUGGCUUUGAUAGGUGGUUCAAUCUCGUUCCUGAUACGGAGGCAAAAGACACCCGCUUCGUCUUCUCAGUCCAAACCGUCAUUGGCAAUUGCUUCCGAGCCGCAUGGUGGUAAUGGCACUGGUGGCGCGGCCCAUGGCUAUCUUGCGAAACCAGAAGCCGCCAACAUUGCCGGCUCCAACGCAAGCCCGUACGCGUCUUCACCUUCGUCACCAACCCCAGUUUACUACCCUUGCUACAUGGACCAGCGAGUCAUGCCGCAGCCUCAGUUCCAAGCCCAGCCAGACUGGUACCAGUCUACCGCGCACGAGAUGCCGACCACAAAGCCGGAACGGCAGGCCCAGGAGUUGCCGGAGGCGCCCUGA